CUGGGGAGCAGUUGCUGCUGCUGGGCGAUGAUGAACUGAGAACUUUGGCGACCUGGAGAACGACAACAUGGCAGUGACCUAUGAUGAUGUGCAUAUCAACUUCACUAAGGAAGAGUGGGAUUUGCUGAAUCAUUCCCAGCAGAAUCUCUACAAAGAUGUGAUGCUGGAGACAUACAGGAACCUCGCUACUAUAGGAUACAUUUGGGAAGAUCAUAACACUGAAGAACAUUGCCAAUAUUCUAGAAGACAUGCAAGUCAUAAAAGAUCACGUAUUGGAGAGAAAUCAUAUGAAUAUAUUCUGUGUGGUAAGACCUUUGCUGAUCAAAGUCAUUGUCAAAAGCAUGAAAGAACACACACUGGAGAGAAACCCUAUGAAUGUAAUCUGUGUGGUAAGGCCUUUGCACAGCACAGUGUUCUUCAGUACCAUAGAAGAAUACAUACUGGAGAGAAACCUUAUGAAUGUAAUCAGUGUGGUAAGGCCUAUGCACAGCACAGUGCUCUUCAGUACCAUAAAAGAACACAUACUGGAGAGAAACCCUAUGAAUGUAAUCAGUGUGGUAAGGCCUUUGCACAGCACAGAGAUCUUCAGUCCCAUAGAAGAAUACAUACUGGAGAGAAACCUUAUGAAUGUAAUCAGUGUGGUAAGGCCUUUGCACAACAUAGUCACCUUCAAUUGCAUAAAAGAACACAUACUGGAGAGAAACCCUAUGAAUGUAAUCAGUGUGGUAAGGCCUUUGCUGGAAACAGUGCUCUUCAAACACAUAAAAGAACACAUACUGGGGAGAAACCCUACAAAUGUAAUCAGUGUGAUAAAACCUUUGCUAAAAGUUGUGGUCUUCAAAUUCAUAAAAGACAGCACACUGGGGAAAAACCUUAUGAAUGUAAUCAGUGUGGUAAGGCCUUUGCAUGUCAUAGUCACCUUCAAUGCCAUAAAAGAAUACAUACUGGAGAGAAACCCUAUGAAUGUAAUCAGUGUGGUAAGGCCUUUGCAUAUCACAGUAAUCUUCGAAGCCAUAAAACAACACAUACAGGAGAGAAACCCUAUGAAUGUAAUCAGUGUGGUAAGGCCUUUGCUCAACGCGCUUAUCUUCAAGUGCAUGAAAGAACACACACCAGAGAAAAACCCUAUGAAUGUAAUCAGUGUGGUAAGGCCUUCGCACAGUAUGGCAGUCUUCAAUAUCAUCAAAGAACACACACUGGAGAGAAACCCUUUGAAUGUAGUCAGUGUGGUAAGGCCUUUGUACUUCACUAUACCUUAAAACUGCAUAAAAGAACACAUACUGGAGAGAAACCCUAUGAAUGUAAUCAGUGUGGUAAGGCCUUCGCACAGUACGGUAGUCUUCAAUAUCAUCAAAGAACACACACUGGAGAGAAACCCUAUGAAUGUAAUCAGUGUGGAAAGGCCUUUGUCAAGCACAGUAAUCUUCAAAAGCAUAAAAGAACACAUACUGGAGAGAAACCCUAA